ACAUUGGGGAUGAUACUGCAAAGAUAAUAAAAGUAAUAAAACCAUCUCAUUUUUAGCUGUCUGUGUCCCUUUUUCGACAUGAGACGUCAACGAGAGAGUAGUUGAUAGAUUUAGCAAAGAAGAAAGAGAUUCGAAUAUACUGAGUUUUAAAUUUGAUUGAAUCUUCAAUUUAUCACCAGUGAAUCACAUCGAUUUGAGAUCAGCAUUUUCAUUGGGAUCUUGCAUGCUUUGCUAUGGCAAAUUCCAAAGGGCCAUCUAACAUGAGACAUAUGAUGUACAAUGGAAAGAGCUCUUUACUGCCUCCUAAAAGUCCGUUUCCUAGCACAUGUCCCUCGUAUGUUGAUUAUCCCCCUAGUUCUGCAGUCACCCAAAAGGGCAUUUCGAAAUGCAGAGAUGGUUCACACCAUCAGCGUACUUCUUCUGAAAGCUGUCUUAUAGAGGAGCAACCAUCUUGGUUAGAUGAUCUUCUUAAUGAACCGGAAACUCCUGUACGCAGAGGUGGCCACCGGCGUUCAUCUAGUGACUCCUUUACAUAUUUUGAUGCUGCUAAUAUUGCAAACUUAGAUUACAUAGCGCAAGAUGAUAACAAAUUUCGAAAUAUAACUCCUGUCGCUUCUUGGGGAUCCCAAGACUUUGAUUAUUACAAAGAUGCUCGGCAUGCCACAUUUCAUGUUGAUCGAAACUCCUCUAACCAACAAAAGAGUAGGUCAAGGGAUGCAUCUCCAAAUGCCAAACCACAUCUCCGUGGUUUUCCACCUUCUAGGGAAAAUGUCAAGACUCAGAGCUUGGGAUCAUCAUUUCUUCCACAAGAAGGAGAGAGACCCAAAUCUGCAGGAAGUGACAAGCAGGGUUUACUUGAAUCUGUCACUCCUGAUCCAAAGGGAUCUGGUGAAAAAAAGGAUUCUUCUCACAGUAAGAGUUCUGCAUCAGAAAAUGACACGAAACGUGCAAAGCAACAAUUUGCUCAACGUUCACGAGUUAGGAAGCUUCAAUACAUAUCUGAACUGGAAAGAAAUGUUCAAGUUCUGCAGGCUGAAGGUUCUGAGGUAUCCGCUGAGCUUGAAUUCCUUAACCAGCAGAGUCUUAUUCUCAGCAUGGAGAAUAAAGCCCUAAAGCAGCGCUUAGAAAACUUAGCUCAAGAACAGAUGAUUAAGUAUUUGGAGCAUGAAGUACUCGAAAGAGAAAGAGGAAGACUACGAGCAUUAUAUCAGCAACAGCAACUGCCACAGUCACAGCAGCAACAGCAAUCAUCUUCCAGCCAUCGGCGCAGCACUAGUAGGGAUCUUGAUCAACAAUUUGCAAACAUCUCUUUGAAACAUAAAGACGGUUCAGGCCAACUUCACAUGUGACUCUGACUGUAGCUAGGACGUAAAUCACAUCUUCCUGACUCUCCCUCAGCUGAUUUUUCCUGGCGAGUGACAAAAACUACACUGGGUUUUUAUUGUGCAUGGUCAAGAAGAGCUCUUGUCGUCCUUGUGCUCUCUCUCAGAAGUUCUGCCUCCACGUUCUGCCAGUGAUUCUAAUUUCUAUCAUAGUAUGUAUCCCCUCAGCUUUGUUUGUUAAGCAUAGUGAUCUUUUUAUGUGCGCCUGGUGGUCAGUGCUAGGGAAUAGCGUUUGUGGCAGUUGACUCACCUGAGGUGGUUAAUUCCGGCAUGAUUUCUCCUUGUAUGUUGUAAAAUUUCCCAGCUAUUGGUUCCACCAUUUUUACGUUCUCAGGUACAUUGACUUGUAAGCAUUGAUAGUAGAGCUCCAUCAGCUCAUUAUUUCCUUUCUUCUUUAGGCUAUGAAAGCGUUCUAUUUCUGCAA